AUGGAGUACCUGGAGCAGCUCGCACAUGAGAUCAACAUGCUGCCCAGUGGACUCAACCUCGUGAGAGCACAUAGACACAAGGAGCCUGCACUUGAGAGGCGACACCCUGCAGCGAAUCUCCAAUUUGGCCUUGGUGUCGAGCAGAAAGCACCCCAGCUUAAAUCGACGCAGCAGCAGCGUGUCUAG